GGACAUGCUUGGUUCAGCAGCAUAGACUGGGCUACUAUCCUGCACUCGACAGCGCCGUACAUCCCUGAGGUGUCCAGCCCCACCGACACCAGCAAUUUCGACGUCGACGACAGCGAGGCGUCCAGAAAUGCGCAGGAAACCUGCAGUCCUUCACCCGGCAACCCUGCCUUCUCUGGCCUUCAUCUGCCCUUCAUAGGCUUCUCCUUCACGCAGGGAAGUCAAAUAUGCGACAAAGGCAGCCUCCUUGGAGGAACUACCGCCACACGAGGCUCUGACAGCACCGACGCCGGGGCGCUGGCUUCAGCUACGCUGCGCCUGCAGCAGCUCGAGGCCGAGAACAAAGAACUCAUGCACAAACUCACCAACAUCGCCAGCAGCUUGCCGGUGUCGGGUCCCAACGUGGGCCAGAUGAUGGGCGCUGACCUCGUGGAGAACGCCAGGCUCAAGGAACAGCUUUUGGCCCUCAGCAAACAGAACAAAGACUUGAGUGGCGAAGUGAAGUCGCUGCAGCGAGUUGUGGCUGAAGGUGCAGGAGACGCUGGAGGGCGAGCUGAGCUGGAGGUGCGGCUCAGGGAGCUGGAGAAGCUGCUCGCCGCUGCCACGGCGCAGAAGGAACACCUACAAAAGGACGUGAGCGACUACGAAGAGAAGCUGCAGCUGCAGAACAAGGAGCUCCAGGACGCGUUGAGCCAACGCAAGCUGGCCAUGUCUGAGUACACUCAAGUCUCUGACAAGCUGAGCGAGCUGCGCAACCAGAAGUCGAAGCUGUCACGCCAAGUCAGAGACAAGGAAGAGGAGCUCGAGGCGGCCAUGAACAAGACAGACUCUCUGAGGCAGGACCUGAGGAAGGCUGAGAAACUCAGACGCGAUCUCGAGGUGCGGCUGGACGAGGCUGAGGCAGAGAGCAGCAAGGAGCGCAAGCUGCGGGAGCGCAGCGAGGAGUACACGCGCUCACUUGAGGCCGAGCUCGAGAAGCUCCAGCAGUUCCCUGGCAAGCGAUCCUCUGACGGCGCUGCUCCUUAUUCUGACCAACAGGAGCUUAAUAGGAUAAAGGCUGAGCUGGAGCGAUGUUCCCUGGAGUACAGCGAGCAGCAGGAACAGCAGACGGCGCGACACAGCGCUGAGCUCACGCAGCUCAGAGCUCAACUCACUGACGCCGAGAGCGAGCGCAACAGGCUCAGUAACGAGGUGACGCUGCUGACGAAGCGCUGUGAGCAGCUCAGAAGUGAGCUGGAGAAGCGGUCUGAGGAGCAGGAGGAGUCCGUCACAGAGCUCAAGAGGGGACAUGAGCGCGAGAAAACUUUACUUACGGAGGAGAACAAGAAACUUGCCGCCGAUGUUGAGAAGCUAAGCGAGAGCGUGACGCGAAUGCAGUCAGAGCGGCGUAGCCUGGAGGAAGAGUACGAGGAUCUCAGAGCGAAGAAGGAGUCCAUCUCUGCGUGGGAGGCUCAGAUCACUGAGAUCAUCCAGUGGGUGAGCGACGAGAAGGACGCACGCGGCUACCUGCAGGCGCUGGCGACGCGCAUGACGGAGGAGCUCGAGGGCCUCAAAGUCAGCGGCGUCACCACCGCCCCCACCGCCGCUACCACCCUCGGUCCAGUUGAUAAGAACUGGCGUAACCGGCGCUCGCAGAAGCUAGACAAGAUGGAGCUGCUGAACCUGCAGUCGAGCCUCAACUCGGAGAUCCAAGCCAAGCAACACAUCAGCGACGAGCUCACUAAAGUCAGGGCCGAGCUCAUCGCUCAUCAGAAAGAGCUGCGGGAAGCCAAAGCGCGCAUGGAUCACAUCGCCAGGGAGAACGCGCGUAAAGAGAACCAAAUGAGGGAGCUGCAGCAGCGGCUCGAGGCGCACGAGGGAUUACACGGCGAGCGGCCCACGUCGCAGAUGUCGUUCCUAGAACAGUUCCUGAAGGAGACGUCGCUGAAGAACACGCCCGCCUCCAUGGCCGCCGCAGCAGCGGCCACUGCGACAGGCAGCAGCAGCGUCGGCAGCGAAGAGGGCGACGACACUCAAGCCCAGUCUUCUUCUGUGCCUUCACUCAACUCCCGCACCUCGUACAUCAGUCAGGAACAAUCAUCCCCGGGUAACCUGGAGCUGAGGCCUCUCCCUCCGCUGCCGAACAACCCUCCGCCCUACCAGCUACUGAACGCUCAGGGCAGCAACGUGCCCUACCACAUGCUCAGCGCCCAGCAGCAGCAGGCGCUCAAUAUGGCGAAACAGCAGCAGCAGCAGCAGCAAGGAGGUGCGGGCAUGAAGGUACAUCAGUUUGUGGUGCGCAGCUUCGGCGACCCCGUCAAGUGCUUCCACUGCACCUCCCUCAUGGUGGGCCUCACAAGACAGGGCGUCGUCUGUGAGGUCUGUGGCUUCGUCUGCCACACCAACUGCAAGGAGAAGGUGCCACCCGCCUGUCCCGUGCCACCUGAUCAGACCAAGCGGCCGCUGGGCAUCGAUCCAACUCGCGGCAUCGGCACCGCCUACGAAGGCUUCGUCAAGGUGCCUAAACCUGGCGGGGUCAAGAAAGGCUGGCAGCGGCAGUUUGUGGUGGUCUGCGAUUUUAAACUUUUUCUCUAUGACAUCUCGCCUGACCGGAAUGCCGUGGCGAGCGUGUGGGUGUCGUCAGUGCUCGACAUGAGGGACGAUCAGUUCGACGUAACCAAAGUUAAAGACUCCGAUGUUAUUCACGCUAAUAAGAAGGAUAUCCCGUGCAUAUUUAGGAUCACAACGUCGUCCAUGGUUGGCGUGCGUCAUCAUUUGCUGAUGCUGGCGGACACUGAGAACGAGAAGACCAAGUGGGUGGUGGCGCUGCAGGAGCUCCAUAGGAUACUUAAGAAGAACAGGCUACCUAACAGACAAGUGUUCAGCGGGCACGAGGUGGUGGACGGCAGCGUGACAGCUCUCAAGAACUCUCUUUCAGCCGCGGUCAUCGACCCUGACAGAAUAUUAUUGGGUGCAGAGGAAGGACUUUUCUGCCUCGACCUUCAUGCUGCAGAAAUCAUCCGUAUUGGUGACGGCAAGAAGGUGAUCAGCUUGGAGCUGCUCAACGAAGAACAACUCGUCGUUGUGAUCGCAGGCAGGCAGCGUCAAGUGAAGCUCAUCCCUGUCAGGGCGCUCGCCGGCGACGACGUCGAGUGGAUCAAGGUGCAAGAAACCAAAGGUGCCAUGGCCUUCGCUUCUGGCAAGUUCCGCUUACCGUCCAAGCUUGGUCCCGCCACCACCUACUGCCUCUGCGUUGCUGUUAAGCGACAGGUCAUCAUAUACGAGAUUAACAGAAGUAAAGGGCGACACAAAGUCUUCAGAACGAUCCUACUGCCCCAGCCGGCCACGAGCAUUGAGGUUCUAUCAGACAACAGGAUCGCUGUGGGCUUCCAGUCUGCCUUCACCAUCUACAGCGUCCCGGGCGACCACCAGCCGCUCUCUCUGAUCCACCCCGAGCUUGGCGGAGCUGGGCUGCUGAGCGGAGUGGGGGGCGGCCUGAGUGUGGGGGGCAGCGCCCCUCCUGCGGCUGGGGGUCUGCUUGUCUCCACCAGCGCCGCCAGCAACUGCGAGGCCAUGCGAUGUCUUGAGGUUCCCGGUCGUGCGGGAGAGUACCUGUUGGUGUUCACGCUGCUCGCCGUCUACGUGGACGGCAACGGCAGGAAGACCCGGGACAAGGAGAUCAUGUAUCCCGGCGUUCCUACCGCUAUUGCUGUGUGCGAUGGCCACCUACUAGUGUACUCCGAGACGCACAUCGACGUAUUUGAUGUCCUCACCGGAGACUGGAUACAAACGCUCAACCUGCGCCGCUCCAAACCCCUCAUGAGGUCCGGCAUUCUCAACCUCGUCAUGAUGAGCGACCUGCCGCACGUCGCUUACCUUCGUAAUCUCCAGCAAGACGAGCUCAUACGGACGGGUUAUGACCAGAUGGGGCGACCUCGGUCCCGUCGCAAGUUUUCCCUCAAAGAGAACAGCAGAGCUACCAGAACGAUAACAUCCCUCACAUGGAAACCAGAUAAGGCAAACGACCGACGCAGCAAGCUGAUCUCAGCCCCCAGCAACUUCAACCACAUCAGCCACAUGGGCCCCGGGGAGAGCAUCGAGGACCAACGCCUCGUAGACCUGCCUACCACCGUCGAGACGGCGGACGACCAGCAACCUCAGGCCAUACAUAGGGUGCGUAGCAUGUUGCAGCCCAGCGUCAAGCUCGGGCCCGUCCGCCCGCCUGCAGGGAACGAUCAACCCCGGCGCUCCUUCUCCCACCAGCCGCUGCCUCUCCAUCCUCACCAGCAACAACAGUUCCAACAGCAGCAGCAGCAAAUGCAGCAACAACCUCAGUACAGCAAUAUUCGCAAUGGGAAUGCACCGGCUCACUUGGUGGCAGGCGCUCGUAGAGGUCCUGGGCUGCCGCCUUCUGGCCCCCCGCCUCAGAUCCCUACCAUGCAGCCUCAGCAGUUGCAACAACAACAAAUCUUACAGCAAAGAUCGCCUGAUGAACUACGUCACCAAGCUAUACAUCAACUGCAGGAGCAGGAGAGCGGUGGUGGUGGUGACACGUCACCUCGUCACUCAAUAGCAAGUAAUACAUCAAGUAACUUAUCGUCACCGCCGUCACCAGGCCAUCCUCCUCUCCUAGACACCCAUCACUCGUCUUCCUAUGAGUCUUAGGGCACUAAACGAGCUCUUGUUAAAUGUUACAGUGACUCAGCGCAGUCUCACUCUAGAGAUCGCUUGCCGAUAACCCCCCGCUUGAGCUACGCCUCCUCUGUUGGUAGCUGCUUGGAAAAUGCGCCUCGUUCUUCUUCUGCUCAAAUUGAACCACCAGUCUUACCGCCACGUUCAAGGAGCUUUGUUUCUCUCACACCAAGGACAACUGCUAAACACAAUGCGCAGGAAACACGAGCUCGGAUGUUAGUGCAGGAUUCUGAGGCCCUCGAGUCGCCUAACCAAAGCAUUGCUCCUCAAGCUCGGGCGCGUCGAAGGCAGCAAGAGUUGCCGCCUGUCCCACAAGAAGAGACUCAUAGGCCUCAAAUCCCUCUCCCGCCAGCUCGCAGCAUAACUAGUUUACUACAAGAAAGACUCACGCGACAUGCUGCGCGAGUCAGCAGGAGCUUGCCCAGAAUACCAGAGUCCUAACUCGUUCGAUGAUGUAAAUUGUUACACGAAUUCGUUGCGAUCAAUUU